AUGACGACGACACUGAGCACGUGCCUGGCGUGUUGCCAUCGUCAUCGCGCGGCGAAAACGGCAUCAUCAUCAUCGACAUCAUCAUCAUCGACAUCAUCAUCGCAGGUCUUAGCAGCGCGUCAUUUUCGGACGAGGAAAAGUGAUUCCGUUUUCUCUCGUCGCGUUGUUCGCGCGACGCCCCCGGCGGAAGAAGAUUUGAGCGCGAAAGAGAUACUGGAGCAGGUCAAGGAAAAGAAGAAUAACAACAACAACAGACGACAGGCGGACUCCACGGAUUUCAUGGCCACUUUCCUCACCCGACGAUUCGGCUUGAAAGGCGGCUUAGCUUGGCUCGGUCUGUUAACGUUUGGCGUCGUCUCGGAACAGUUGAAAACGAGACGAGAAACGAGAGAGGAGAAGGAAAACACGAAAGCGGUGGCCGAAGAGAAACGAAUAACGGUGAAGAUGAACGAGUCGACGUCGUACGAGGAACUCGUCAAAGGAGGCGGAGAGUACGUGCAGCAAGGGUUUUUGUGCGGAGCGAACGUGACGGUGCGAGAUCUGGACGCGAACGAGACCGUUUUCGAUACGAGAAAAACAAACCGGCCCAUCGGCUUCGUGUACUCGAAAACGAGACCGCCGCCGGUGCUUCCGUACGACGUCAACGAAAGUUUCUCGGACGAGCGAUACGUCAUGAGGAACGGGAGCAGGCGCGUGUUCACGACGACGAGCGGAGAAGACGGGUUGACGUUUAAAGACGGGAGCUACGUGAAACCAAACGCAAACGUGGAAAUCGAUUUCGAGUUUACGAAAGUUUCCAUUCCUCCUUCGUGA